AAAGUAAACUUAAAUCGAUAAAAAAUCACAAUUUCAAAGCAACUUCAAUCUGUGCGUUUUACGAAGACAAAAGCUGGUUAGAGGUUGUCCAUCGGCGGUAGUCCUUUCUUUUCCUCCUUCUGUCCGACUGUCCCCAAUUUUCUCCCCCUCUUCAGAUUAUCCCCAAUUCCCAAACCCUAAUUUCAAACCCUAAAAAAAUUUCAUUAAUUUGUACUUUACAUUCGUGCAAUUGGAAUCGAGGUUAUGUCGACAGUACCUUCUUCCUCAUCAUCGUCAAUUUCGUCGCAAUUCACGUAUUCUAAUGGAUCGUAUUUCCCUACGCCGUUUCAUCUGCAACAACCUCAAUACGCUGCCCCGCCACAACCACCGCUUCCUGCUGCUGUUUCCGUCAUCCCUGCCGCCCCAUCCGUCGUCCCUUCAGCUUACCCCGCCGCACCAGGGGUUUACACGCUUCCCCAGUUUCAGCAGGCACAGCAGCUAUUUCAGAAAGAUGCACAGACUAUCACUCCUGAAGCUCUAGAGAGUGUCAAAGCAGCACUUGCAAGCAGUGACAUCGAACAUAAAGCAGAAACGAAGAAGAAAUCAGUUCCUCGUAGAGCUGCUGGUCAGGCAUGGGAGGAUCCAACACUUGCGGAGUGGCCAGAAAAUGACUAUCGCCUAUUUUGUGGUGACCUUGGAAAUGAGGUGAAUGAUGAUGUGUUAUCAAAGGCCUUUUCACGGUUCCCUUCCUUCAACAUGGCCAAAGUGGUAAGAGAUAAGCGGACGGGUAAGACUAAGGGUUAUGGAUUUGUUAGCUUUGCAAACCCUACGGAUCUUGCUGCUGCGUCAAAAGAAAUGAAUGGCAAAUAUGUUGGAAACCGGCCAAUUAAACUACGCAAAAGUAACUGGAAGGAGAGAAUAGAUAAGGAGGCUAUGGAAAGGCAAAAGAACCAAGCCUACAAGAAACCUAAGCAGGCUAAGAAGGGUGUAUUGCACAAGUGAGUUAUUCAAACAACUGGCGUCAAUUGAAGUUUGAAGAACAAUGAUGUCCUAUGAUAUAGGUUGGAUAUAAGAAUAUCAGCUGGACUAUGGAGACCAAAAGAAUUUCAAGAUACGGGUAUAUUGUAACUUGAUAUAUUUGAAUAUGUUACGGGUUUUGGAUUGAAAAGGAUAAAGAAAUUGCUCGUUACGGUGAUGGACACAGUGAUGAGACAAUUCGUAGUCUGAACUUGUAAUUGUCAAUGAUACAACUACUUGGUUUUGGAAUUGUGUUAUCUUAUCUACCAACUACGUAGUACUACUUAAUACAAAGUAACAGUUACAAAGACUGUUCUAACUGUUCUGUUA